CAUAAAGAAAUCAAAAUAAGAAAACAAAUAGCGAAUUAAGGUACUCAAAUUAGAAAAUGGUGAGAACUCCUUUUAUUGACACUCAUGGAAUAAAGAGAGGUUCAUGGAGUGAAGAAGAAGACAACAAACUGAGAGCUUAUGUUGAAAGAUUUGGUCAUCCCAAUUGGCGGCAAUUGCCUAAAUAUGCUGGACUAAUGAGAUGUGGGAAGAGCUGCAGACUGAGAUGGAUGAAUUACUUGAGGCCUGAUUUGAACAAAGGGAAAUAUAGCCCUGAAGAAGAGCAACUCAUUAUUAAAUUACACAACGAACUUGGAAAUAGAUGGUCAGCCAUUGCUGCAAAAUUACCAGGAAGGUCAGACAACGAUGUCAAAAACCAUUGGCAUGCUCAUCUAAAGAAACGCGCGAGAUUAACAAAUACGACCAAUUCAUCAAAUGUGGAGCAACUUACUGAAUCUUCGAUGUCUGGAUCUCAAAAUGAGCAAUCUUCUUAUAAAGUUUCGGAACAUGAAGCAGCUGACUGUAAUAUUAGAGAGGUGUCAGAUCAUCUUGUUGACACUUCAUGUCCUCUAAAGGUUUCAUCAAGUGAUUUAUAUUCCACUUCUAAUUCCCAUCUAAAUGGAAUGGCCUGGAUGGAUGAAGAUAAUUACAUGAGGUCAAUGGAACAACUUCCAAAUUUAAGUUCAUUGGAAACACUUCCACUUCCAGACUCCUUUUCCUGGACAAAUCCUAUCAACAAUUUUCAAACAGAACCCUUUGACCAUUUUUGGACCGAGCCCUUUCAUGGUUUCUGGACAGAACCUUUCUUUUAAAAUAUAUUCUUAUAUACCCCAACCUAGCCUUCAAGAAGAUUUUGACACAUACUACGAAAUUUUUGAUCGAGAACUUGUGCUGAAUUGCGAAUUCUGAAAUUUUUGCAACUUUCACUAGAUUAUAUAUUCAUAUUUUGUGUGUACUUAUAAUUAGGUUUUGCAAUUAAAUAUUCGAGAUUGGACUACUUUUGUAAUAGAGAAAUAAAAAUCGAUCAUCCAGUGUGCUCUUUAUAAAGCCAAUUUCUCCAAUUAUGUGUGAAGUAAU